AUGCCGUGGGCGGACCGCGUCGAGCGCUCACCUGCGGAGUACAAAUUGUCCAAUUACUCGCCGGCUCGGCCCCCUUUGAUGCGCCUGCGUCCCUUUGUCUGCCGGGAGCGGGCUACAUAUGGCGUACGCGCAGUUAGCGUCAUGACGAGCCGCACGCCACUGCGUGCGCCGACCGCCAACGGGACGCCCGAUUCUGGGUCCGCAUUCCAGCCCAGCGCCCCGCCGCCGUCUUCCCUCCUCUUAAGAGCCUCGUUCCGCACGGGCUGUAUUGCGCCACUCGUGGCAGAGGGCGGAGGCGAGCAAGGUGCAUCGCCCCCGGGGGCCCUGACUGGAAUCCUCAGGAUCCCGGCGGCAGCGGCGGCGGCGGCGGCGGCGGCCGCGAAUGCAGAUAAAGGUAAUGGAACUGGCGCCAAUGAACGCAGCGGCGCGUCGCGGCGCCGGUGCCUGCAGAGCGGCGCUUCAUUUCCAGCGGGCCGUUUCCGGCGUCCAGAAGACGCGGCCCAUGAAAUAACGGGGAAAUUGGAAACUGGCCCCCGCCGAGCCGAGCCGCGCCGGCCGGCUGGACGCGCCGUCGCUCAGCGCGCAUGCGCCGUGUCCGCCCGGCCCGUAUUGCACCGUGCCCCCCCGCCGCGCUUCACCGCUCCAUUACUCGCCGGCAAUCAGCGGCAAAGCAGGUGCGAGCAGCGCCCGCUUGGAGACGGCGGGGGAGGCACGGCAUUCAGCGACACAUGUCGCGAGUACAAAAGUCAACAGCCGGUCGACGCUGCUGGAGACGUGCACGGUCUUAAGGUAGCACUGCGGCAGACGUAA